AUGGGGUCUCUUUUGUUGCUGCAAUUUCAAAUCAUUUUGUGUCUACAUAUGUUCUUCACUUCUUUCUCUUCGUCUUCGUCUUUGUCUCUGCCUUUAUGCCAUCCUGACCAAAACUCUGCCUUGCUUCAACUCAAGAACUCGCUAAAAGUUGAUGGAUGGGAAAAUGGAACAGAUUGCUGUUCGUGGCCUGGUGUCACGUGUGAAUCCACGUCCGGUCACGGGAUUGGUCUUGACCUCAGCUGGCAUGGGCUUGAAGGUGAUAUUCCUUCUAAAAUCUCAUAUCUUUCCAAAUUAACCUCAUUAGAUCUCUCAGAUAUGUCAUCAAUUCGUCUAAGUUCUUUGUCUUUAAUCACCAAUUGGUCUUUCUCUUCGGUUACUCUUGGUCUUGGUAACACAAAUAUAACGGGAUAUUUGACAAGUGAUAUUCUUUGUUUGCCCAAUCUUAAAGAGCUACAUCUAUAUGGAAACACAUACCUUAAAGUCCAUGUUUCUAGAUUGAAUUGCAAUGCUUCUGUUAGUAUUUUGGAUCUUUCAUUUUGUGAGUUCCAAGGAUCAAUGAUCCCUUCAUCUUUCUCUAAUCUCACAUAUCUCACUUCUUUGACUUUGUUUGAAUGUGGCCUUAGUGGUUCAAUUCCCUCUUCACUUUCAAACCUUCAACAUCUCACUCACUUGGACCUUUCAUCUAAUAGUAUCUUCGGCUCGAUCCCAUCCUCAUUUUCAAACCUUCAACAUCUCACUUACUUGGGUCUUUCAAACAAUAAUCUAACCGGUGCAGUCCCAGCAUCUUUCUCAAAGCUAGAGCUUCUCACUCAUUUAGACCUUUCAUCCAAUGAACUCAAUGGUUCAAUCCCUUCAUCUCUUUGGAAGCUUCAAGAUCUUCUUGUCUUGGAUCUUUCUUACAAUGAACUAAGUGGUCAACUUCCAGAUAUAUUUGGUGGGCUAAAUAAACUGCAAACUCUCAAUCUUGGGAAAAACAAAAUACAGGGAAAGUUGCCAUUCUCAUUGUUUACAUUGACUCAACUUUCCAUCUUGGAUUUUUCUUCUAAUAAAUUUGAAGGGCCCUUACCUAAUCAAAUAGCAGGUUUUUCAAAUCUGACUGAAUUAUAUCUGGAUGACAACUUGUUAAAUGGGACAAUUCCUUCUUGGUGUUUAUCUUUGCCGCUUUUGAAACAUUUAAACCUUUCAAGUAACCAAUUCACAGGAAAUCUAAGUGAAAUCUCAUCUUAUUCCUUGCUGUACUUAAAUUUAUGCGGCAACAAAAUUCAUGGAGAUAUUCCAAAGUCGAUUUUCGACCUUGUGAACCUCACUGAAUUGUGUUUGUCAUCAGAUAACCAUGGUGGUUUUGUCAAAUUUUCACUCUUCUCCAAACUUCAGAAUUUGAGUUCUCUUACUCUUUCAGGCUAUGAAUCAAUAUCACUAAAAUCUGAUGUCAAUGCCAAUUACACUUUCUCCAAUUUGGAAAUGUUGCACUUAUCUUCCAACACCAUGCUUGACUUUCCAAAGUUCUCAGGAAAAUUUCCGAGGUUGCUCAUACUUGAUUUAUCCAAUAACAAGCUCCAAGGUAAAGUGCCCAAAUGGAUACAUGAUUUGGAUUCUUUAUAUCAUUUGAACCUCUCAACAAACCAAUUGACAUCAAUAGAAAAAUUCUCAUGGCAUGGCCUGCAAUACCUUGAUCUUAGUUCUAACUUGAUGACCAAUCCAUCUUAUGCAAUAUAA